CUAUGCGAUAUUAUUCAGUCUACUGUUGCGGGUUGGUGGAGACAUACGAGCCCUCUUGAUCCAAAGUUGUUAAGUGCAAACCCAGUGCAAAAUGAAAUCCAUGCUCAUUUUCGGCCUUGUGGCCAUGUGCGUGCUGGUGGCCAGCGCCAGUGAGGAGGCGCCCAAGAAGGCCGCUGAACCCGCCGAGCCGGCAGAGAAGAAGCAAGAGAAGCGCGGCAUUGGCCAUGGUCUGGGCUACGGCUACGGACCCUCGUCCGGUGGAGCCAUCCUUGGAUCGGGUAUUGGUGUGGGACCCGGUCCCAUCGCCCCUGCUGUCGCCGAAUUGCCCACCCAGGUGCACACCAACACCGUGAUCAGGACCGUGCAGGUGCCUUACCAGGUGGAGCGUCAUGUGCCCUACCCCGUGGAGAAGACCGUAACCUACCCGGUCAAGGUGGCCGUUCCUCAGCCCUACCCCGUCGAGAGGAUCGUCCAUGUGCCCGUGAAGGAGAUCGUCAAGGUGCCCGUCGAGGUGCCCCAGCCCUACCCCGUGGAGAAGGUCAUCAGGGUCCCUGUCAAGAUCGCCGUCGAUCGUCCCUACACAGUCCACGUGGACAAGCCCUACCCCGUCCCCGUCGAGAAGCCCGUACCCUACACCGUCGAGAGGCGUGUCGUCCACAAGGUGCCCGUUCAGGUAGACCGUCCAGUCCCAUAUAAGGUGACUGUCCCAGUGCCCGUCCAUGUUGAGAGCCACGUAAAGCCUGCCGUUGCCGUUACUCACACCGUCGCCGCCCCUGCUCCGGCCUACAUUAGUCACGGCAUCUCCGGCCUCGGUAUCUCUGGACACGGCCUGUCCGGUCACGGUAUUGCCUCGUACGGAGGUUCCGGCCAUGGUAUCGCCUCAUACGGCGGUUCCGGCAUCGGUAUCUCUGGACACGGCCUGUCCGGCCACGGUAUUGCCUCGUACGGAAGUUCCGGCCACGGCGGCUACCUCCACAAAAAGUAGAUCCAAUUGCAACGCUUACGAGGGCCACUGGAGAAUCGAAGUCGGGUAAAGGCGAGCGCAUCAGCAAGUCGACAUUAUCAAAACGAAAAAUAGGCCAACAACCUGGACCCUGCCACCCAGCCAAUUUGCCACCCUCUCCCCCGCCAAGCCACCCUCAACGUACGACUUAAAAUUUAGUUUUAGUUUGUGAUAACAGCCGAAAUUCUUGGAGGAUUUUGGGCAGGGGAAGAGUUUUGAUAGGCGCCGUCGAUGGGUUAAUCCAAUCUAGAAAGCUUGCCUCGCCCAUCUGCGUCGCUCUGCCAAUGCCUGUCCCCUCGCCCUCACCCUCCAUGUGUACAGUUCUUUUGUAGACAGAGACGGAAAAUCAAAUAGCAGACGAGUUGCUCCUUCGACUUUUUCAUGUAAACUUCCAUUCUAUGAAAUGUUUGUACAUAUUUAAAUAAUGUAAAUAAAAAGAAAA